GGCUCAUGGAAAAUGUUCAGUCCCAAUGAAGUGAUGCAGUGCAUAGGAGUCCUGAUCUACAUGGGAAUUGUGGAACUGCCUCGCCUCCAUCUAUACUGGAAUACCUCGGAGUUAUUUUCCGGCCUCAUUCUUCCAAAGAUUAUGGCCAGAAGCCGAUUUUUUGCGUUUCUUGCUUUUCUCAGUGUCAUGGACCCGGAGAAGACUGACGCUGUCCGCGAUGGCAAGCUGCACAGGAUCACACAUCUGCUGCAACAUAUGAAUGACGUUCGUUCGUUCAUCCACGCACAAAUUUCGGUAUGGCUGGAAAUGCUGACAUGACGUCAGCAUUUCCAGCCAUACCGAAAUUUGUGCGUGGAUGAACGAAUGGUCAAAUCAAAAGGACGAUCGGGAAUACGCCAGUAUAUGCGUGACAAGGGGGUCAAAUGGGGGUACAAGCUGUGGGUCCUUGCUGACUCAAGCACAGGCUACACUGUGCAAUUUAGCGUUUACACCGGGAAGCGAGAAACACCCAGCUCAAAGGGACUGGCUUAUGACGUUGUAACGCGCCUGUGUGAUGCAUAUUUGGAUCAAGGCUACAUUAUCUACCUUGACAACUUCUACACAUCCACCUCCCUCUUUGAACACCUUCUUGAGAGGAAGACUCUCUCUUGUGGAACAACGCGCAAAGAUCGGCGCGGAUUUCCCUCCCAGUUGAAAGACACCACUUGGGAGAAAAGAGCAACUCGAGGGGACAUUCGCUGGCUGCGGUGCCAUGAUGUGCUGUAUUUGCAAUGGAAAGACAAGCGCACUGUAAACAUGAUGAGCACAGCCCACACUGCCAACAAUCACGUCAGUGCAAUGCGAAAAGUGAAGAGAGGAGACCGAUGGACAAGGAUCCCCAUAAGGAAGCCACUCAUAAUAGAAGACUAUAAUAAGGGCAUGCUUGGUGUUGACAAGUCCGAUCAACUUAUCGCUUCUUACAAUGUCUUGAUGAAGUGUGUCAGGUGGUGGAAGACACUGUUCUUCCACUGCAUUGACAUUGCUGUCAUCAACAGCUUUGUCAUCUUCCAAGAACACAGGGAACAUCACCCCGAGAUAGAGGAGCUCACCAGAAAGACUGGCUUUGACCAGCUCGCAUUCCGUAUUGAGCUGGUCAACCAGAUUUUCGGGAUGGACGACAGACAUGUUCACCCUCCGCCUCCUCCAAAGAAGUCUGAGCACAAGCCCCAGGUGCAAGAAAAGCGCCGUAACUGCAAGCUCUGCUACGAGAAAAAGAAGGUCGAAAGGAAGACUGCAGUUUUUUGUGAGCCGUGUGGUGUGUAUCUGUGUUUCAUCCCAACGAGGGACUGCUUUGGAGGAUGGCACGCCACACACCCACGCUAA